GCUUUCCGGCCGAUAUGGGCCUAUAAAUGGUUCUGUGACCUGUGUCAAAGCUAAGUGAAGCAGCGCGAGGCGAAACAUUGCUUAAAUCGUACACGUCACCUGUCUGUCAUCUCUAGGCCUACAAGCGAGGUCACACCAAAGAAUCUUUGGUCACACUGGUCACAGUACCGUACAGGCGUACUAUAUAAAGUGAAACAGCUACAUUUUGUUUUACUAUGCUCUCACAACUCCUAUUGAGGCUACUGCUACUGUCGCGAGCCGUGCCGUGUAGAGGCAGACCACGUGAAGUACACACAUUGACAUAAUUGACAUUACUGUGUAUGUAUGUGUAGCCUACGAGAGCGUGGAAUGACUUGUGGAGCGCGCUGUGCGCGAACUGUGUAGGUACUGUGUAGAGAUCAACUCAACAAGCCGCGUUUGUUUACGUACGCUAAGGUACCGGUGGUUUUAUUUUGCUGAUCUGCGGAGUGAGUGUGGAUAGAUCUUUCACUGUGUUAGCUUGCAAAGCAGAAGAAGAAAGCGAGAUUAUAAUCAUUAUAACCCAAAGAACACAAUGUUUUCCUCUGCUGUGGCCGCAAGACUUUCGUUUUCACAGCUCAAGCCUGAAUGUUGGAAUGUCUGCCGGAGAACUGUUGUGGUGAAUUCGCAGCGUUCAGUCUUAACGGAGAGUAGUAGUAGAAGUUUCUCCGCUCUUGUCUCUGAGCGUCGAGAUAGAGGAUGUGGGUCUAACUCUUGUGUUGAGUGCAUCCAUGGGCAUGGGAACAGUACAGGGAAAAGCGUGUACUCACUCUCUGGCAGCAGACUUAGUCGUGCACGGAACAACGCGAGACUGCCGGAUCUAAAGUACAUUAUGACCAUGUCAGAGGAGAAGCACCCUGGCUGCAUGCGCUUCGACAAUGUUCUAAAUUUAGCCACACCGUCCCAAAUUAAUGAGAUAGCUGACCUUCAAGACAGUCUUCAGUUCGAUGACCCUAUCAACAUUCAGUUUACUUCAGGCACCACAGGAUCCCCCAAAGGUGCAUGUCUUACCCACCAUAAUGUAGUCAACAACUCUUUCUUUGUCGGGCAACGUUGUGGGUACAACGAGCACGAAGCGGUCAUCUGCUGUCCAGUGCCGCUGUACCACUGCUUUGGUAUGGUGAUGGGCAGUAUGCAGGCGAUCACCCAUGGUUCCACCGUUGUCUGGCCCUCACCAGCUUUUGACCCUGAAAGUGUGCUCAAGGCUGUUGAGAAGUUUCGGUGUACCUCCCUCUACGGUGUCCCUACCAUGUUCAUUGACAUGCUCAACCACCCACUGUUUGGUCAAGUGGACACCUCCUCUCUCAUCACUGGCAUCAUAGCUGGCUCGCCCUGCCCCAUCGAGACCAUGAAGGAUCUUGUUGGGAAAAUGAAUAUUGAAAAAAUAACGGUAUGCUAUGGCUCCACAGAGACCAGUCCGGUGACAUUCCAGUCCACUGCCCAGUGCUCUCUGGACAGGAGAGUGUCCACAGUAGGGAAACUUCUGGAUCACACAGAGGCCAAGGUAAUAGACAGCCAGGGGCGAGUGGUGCCUGUGGGAGAGGCCGGGGAAGUUUGUACCAGGGGAAUCUCCACCAUGCUGGGCUACUGGGAGGACCCAGAGAAAACGGCCCAGGCCAUCUCUUCUGAAGGGUGGUACCAUACGGGAGACCUGGGUGUGAUGACGGAGGACGGUUACUGCAGCAUUGUGGGUCGGAUCAAGGACAUGGUGAUCCGUGGAGGGGAGAAUAUCUACCCACUGGAGAUAGAGCAGGCACUUUAUGAACAUCCCAGUGUGAAGGAUGUUCAGGUGAUUGGUGUACCGGACAAACGUCUUGGGGAACAGGUCUGUGCCUGGAUUGUGGUCAAGGAGAAUAUGACUCUGACAGAGGAGGAAGUGAAGACGUUCUGUUUAGAAAAGAUGGCCAAGUUCAAGAUCCCUAAGUAUAUCUUGUUUGUGGAGGACUUCCCCAAGACUCUCACUGGGAAAGCUCAAAAGUUUGUCAUGCGAGAAGAGAGCGUAAAGAUGUUGGAUUUGGAAUAAGUGGAUAUCAAGGACCAAGGUUCGGAUCCCAGGGAAAGUAUGUCACUUUAUAGGGAGUCAGGGUUAGGAUCACAGGACAGAAUGCGUUAAUCUAGCUGGAAGCUCACAGUUCAGAUCCAGGAGUAAAAUGUAAAAGCUGGUUAUAUGUAUAAGGACCUGCUGAUGUGGUUUACUGUAUUAUACUGUAAAAAAGAGAGAGAAAAUAAAAAGAUAACCGGAUUCCAAAGUGGCUUUUAGGCUGGAAUAGAAGGUUGUGCCCAGUGAGGUAUAGCCCUUCGUUAUCCAUAAAAGAUAGCUGAAAAGGAUAACGGUUUACUUCGGCUCCCGAUUCUUUUAAUAAAUCAAAAUUGUCUUUGGUGCAUGAUGCCUCGGCUAUACCCUUGUUGGUCCAAGACCCUGGAUAUGCAUAGUAGGUCAAUAGGUUUCAAAUGAAAGAUUGAAGUUAACUUUAACCCAGAAAAUUAGCAGAGAAAGAGUUUUCAUAAUGAUAAAAAUAGUAAUUCCAUUUAUAUAAUGAGUACUUGUGUUCAACAGCAUGUUCUAUCCUGAGCAAGUACUAUUACCCCAGCAGACCCUAAACCACUCAGAAAGAUCACAUUCUUGGCAUCCCAGGAAGCAUAUAGUGCAAGCUGUAGAUUACACAUUACAUGCUAAAGCGCACGCAAACUGGCAAGAUUGUGCGCUGUCUAUAAUCAGGUACCCAUUCCCAGCUUGGUGAAGUGGGGACAAAUUAUGUGAAGUGCCUUUCCCAAGAAUAUGUCGGACCCCUGACGGGAUUUGAACCCAUAACUUAAUGGUUGAAAGUCUUCAUGAGAGCCUUACCAUUAGACCACGGACAAGUGAUAAAGAUGAGUUUGUGUAUGAGUGAUAAUCCGACAGCUCAAAGGAAUAAAGUUCUUUAUUGUCUGCAA